CGAUAAGGAUUGCGCUGAUGGGGAGAAUUCAUAUGUACUCUCCUCUGGUGUGUUGGACAAUGUAGCAAAAGUGACGACAAGAGUUAUAAGCAACCUCGAUCAAUGGAGAAAAGCAUCCUUUCUUCUUUUCCAUAUUAUUUUUCUCUUCCACUAUGCUGGGAAAGUUUCGUCUUAGCUAUCAACCUCUCGACCCCUCAGGCGAUUCAAUCUCCUCCAGCGUGGAUGAGGAGCGACGCCAUUUCAUAGAACAACAGGAGCCAUGUUGUAAGAAAUGCGCGCUGUCCUCAGACCCCUCCUCGAGGCGUUGGAGCUAUAUUUCCCUCUUCUCUUUACUUCUUCCUUGGGCGCUGUUAGCCUUGAUUAGUUCGGCAUCUUUGUUUUGUCUCUUAUUCAGACACCCUGGUGAAGUAGAAUGUGCCCGAAUGCUUAGCGCAGCUUCUCCAGCUCUAGAAAGCAGUGCUAUCCAGUAUCAUGACGCUACAUUCCAUAACGCUUUUGGGUUGGAAACGGAAUACCAAGGACUCCCAACACCAGAAUUGGAGUUACGAUGGGGCGCUCUAUGGAUGCGGGGGAUGAUUGAAGUAUCAAAGAAUGUCGUUGAGAAGCUGAAUAAAUCGACUGAGAACCUCAAGCCAGUCGUCAGUGACGAUCCAGCCCGAGGAUAUGCUGGUGUCCUCGAGGUUUUCCAUCACCUCCAUUGCCUGAACCAAAUUCGUCAGUUUACUUGGAAGGACCACUACGAAACGCACAUGGCUGAAUGGGUACAAGAGCACCCAUGGAUAAUUGAUCUCAAUGUCACAAAUCCCCAAAGCGAUAUGGAUAGAAAACACGUCGAUCACUGUAUCGAGGCGCUCCGUCUGCAGCUCAUGUGCGCCGCUGACGUGACGCCAGUGCUGCUCCGGCCGGACCCGGAUUUGGGCGUGAAAGCGGACUUUGACGUACACCACAGGUGCCGUGAUUGGGAUCUGAUAACAAACUGGCAGGAUAAUCAUAAGAUAGAGCUACAGUAGAUGGGUGCGUGGUGAAAACAUGCCCCCACCUAUCAAUUUGACACACUGCCCGCUUUCGCCUGUUGGUUUUGCUGCCUAAUCGCUCGUUGAGUCUGCACAUGAAUUAGGUUUCUGUGACGUCGCAUUCAAGAGAGGAGAUUUAUAUAAAGAUGUAAGGCAUGGCUCUACUUUUAUGGCUUCUCCUGGGUAUCUGUUCGUCAAGUGACAAGUUUCACAUAUAUCACGAUACUUUAUUCC